UUCUAUUUAUUAUUCCAUCGCUCAUUGCUCUUUUUCUCAAGGACAAGACCGACAAGACGGACGAGGAGAAGAAGAAGGAGGAAGAGAAGAAGAAGAAAGAAGCUGAAAAAAAGAAGGAUCAAGUUUACUCAUUCUUUGGUAACAAUGCUGAUAAUGCAGGGUCUAUCGAAUUCUCUUUUGGUGGUCUAUUCAAAUUAUUAUGUUUUACUUUCAAUAAAAAAUCCAAAGAAGAGGAAAUGCUCAAAAAUAUUCAGACUUCUUUGGAACAACUCAAAGCGAAACUGGACGCGAUAGAAAAUAGGCGUUUCAAUCCUGACCAUACUAAUGUUAGAAAAUCUGAUGGUGAGGUGCAACUCAAAGGUCCAAAUGCUUCCAGGGUAAACAAUGAAAACGAUAAAGAUAAAGAUUCUAUCACUGCUCCUUCGGAUGUUGUUCCCCAAAAUAUUUGGUUUUAUGAGGGCGAACUCGAAAAGAGCCCCGUACACUUCUUGGAUCGAAAAGAGGAGACCUUUUGGGAAAAAUUCAUAAAGCAGUAUCUAGAACCUAUAGAUGAUUCAGAUAAAAAAGACGAGGUAGCUAAAAAUCUCAAGGAUCUGAGGGACAAAAUGGUGGUGACAUUUUUCAUGCUCAAUUGCAUUUUUGUGCUUGUGAUAUUUCUUCUCAAUAUGCAGCAAGACACCAUUCAUUUGGAUUGGCCGAUCAACGCCAAAGUCAACUUCACGUACAAUAACGACCGAAAUGAGAUCAUCAUCAAUAAAACCUACCUUCAGCUGCAACCUAUAGGUUUUGCCUUCCUGUUCUGUUUCGGUGUUGUAAUGAUCAUCCAGUUUUUUGCUAUGUUUAUUCACCGCUUUGGAACCUACUCCCAAAUAAUGGCUAACACUGAAAUAACUCUCAAUCCUCUUGCUAAGGACAAUAUGAAAAAUCUCACAGUGGAGAAAAUUUUGGAACAGGAUUCUAUAAAAAUAAUCAAGAAAUUAUUCAGACUUCAAGGAAUAAACGACGAUAAGAAUGAUCUAGUGGAGCGCCCGGUAGGAAAGAGAAAUACAGCAUAUUUUGCAGCACUUAAGAAAACUGAGAAACCCAAGGCACCUAUCGAAGAUUUAGAGGAAGCUUUUUCGUCAAGAUUAGAUAAAAUACGGAAUGGUGAAAUUAAAGGAGAACUUCCCAGGCAUACUCAGUCUGCAUUAUUCCAGAGAAUGGAAAAUGUUCAAAGAAGACAAACUGAAAUUUCAAAUCGAAGUGCUGCAUCUCUCAGAUUAUGAAGAAGAUAGCAAGAAAUAGCGUACUUGAUAUAACAAUUUCAGUAAAAAUUAUAACAAUAUGUUUGCUAUUGUAAGAAUUAUUAUAACUGAAGAAAAAUGUACUUACAUAUGAAUCAAAAGGUCUCGGAGUAAACACAUAAAAAAAU